AGCCAACAAUGUUAGUUUUAGAACGAUAGUGAAGAUGUGGAGUUGUCCUUGCGUUGCAGUCGGAUUGCUGCUCAUAUUCAGUCUGAAUCUGGUCUUUCUGCUGCCGGAAACGAACUAUUGCCAUUUAAAAAACUGCCCAGUGGAUAAAAAACUGCCACAUAUUGGCUGCAAUAACAGUGGGAACUGGUCGCCAAAGUGCGGAAAAGAGCCAACAAUUGUUUCAAUACCCCAGCAUAUAAGAAAUUUCAUUCUGAACUAUCAUAACACAUUUCGCGAUAUGGUGGCCGGUGGCCAAUUGCACAAGCUGCCCAUUGCAGCCCGCAUGCUUAAGUUGAAUUGGGACCACGACUUGGCUUUUUUGGCUACACUCUUGGUAAAACGCUGCGAUAUCCAACCCACAGACCACUGCAUAUCCACAGAAGAGUUCUCGUCUCCAGGCUACCACACGGUAUAUAACAAGUUCAAGGGGACCCAGGAUACAUCCAGGAUAGUUCGAUCGCAACUGAAUGCGUGGUACGAUCAGUACAAGCACGUUUCUGCAUAUAGUCUAAUUAAUGGAUUGUCCCCGGAUAAAAAGGAGGUUGGGCACUUCCUAAGAAUGAUGGUGGGACCCAGUAACCGAUUAGGCUGUGCCAUAGCUAGAAUCGAAAAAGACGGAUGGACUCACCAAUGGCUCACCUGCCUGUAUAGCUGUUCAUCCAAGAAGAACACGCUUCUAUACGAGUAUUCCGGAAAACCUGGCAUAUAUUGCACCAAUGGAAUUAAUGGCAAGUUUCAACAUCUAUGUAAUGACACGGAACCUGUCACAGAUUGCAUGCACUCUGAUCUAUUCAAGACAACAAUCAGCAACGACACUGCAUCAUUCAUCAGAGACAUGAUGAAUAGAAAAAUUAAACCCAGAUUUUUUUUUAAGAUUUUUUCUUUUGCGAAGAAGUCUGCGAGAAAAGUUAGAAAGGUGGUGAAGAAGGUUAAGAGAGCUUUGAAGAAGAAGAAGAAUAUGAAGAAGAAGAAGAAGAACAAGAAGAAGAAGAAGAAGAAAGUAUCGAGAAAAGAUAAGAAAUCUGAAGAGGUUUUAGUCGCUUUAGAGGCAAAUGUUGAAUCAAACAUUAAAAAUAAGGAAGAUGUUGGAUCAGAAAAUGAAGAUAAGGCAAAUGAUGAAUUAACAACUGAAAAUGAUGUGCAAAAUACAACAAUAAAUCCCAAUUAACAGAUAA